UCAAAGCUGACAGUAAUUGCUUUUAAAAGGUUUUCUUUCUUUUUGCGUUUUUUUUUUUUUUUUUUUGUUUAAAAUGUUCUCGAAAUUUCUCAAGCAUACAAUAGCACGUCGGCGCAUUUGGCGGGAAGAACAAGUUGUUAGACAAUUGACAUCACAACAAGUAUUUGAACGUGAGCAAAAAUUUGGCGCCCACAAUUAUCAUCCGCUUCCGGUCGCUUUAACCAAAGCAAAAGGAGUUUUUGUUUGGGACGUCGAGGGUAAACGCUAUUUCGAUUAUCUUAGCGCGUAUUCAGCUGUCAAUCAAGGUCAUGGUCAUCCGAAAAUUGUGAAAGCUCUUACAGAGCAAGCCCAAAAAUUGGCAUUAACUUCGAGAGCCUUUUAUUCAGAUGUCUUGGGUGAAUAUGAAGAUUAUAUAACGAGACUUUUUAAUUAUGAUAAAGUAUUGCCUAUGAAUACUGGUGUAGAAGGCGGUGAAACUGCCUGUAAAUUAGCCCGUAAAUGGGGCUAUGCACAGAAAAAUAUACCAAGAAACCAAGCAAAAAUAAUUUUUGCUGAAAAUAAUUUCUGGGGCCGAACAUUGGCUGCGAUCUCUGCUUCUACUGAUCCCAGCAGUUAUGAGGGUUUCGGACCAUUUAUGCCCGGCUUUGAAAUCAUUAAAUAUAACGAUCCACAAGCUUUGGAGAAAUCAUUGCAGGAUAAAAAUGUUUGCGCGUUUAUGGUGGAACCCAUACAAGGGGAAGCGGGCGUUGUAGUGCCCGAUAUAGGUUAUUUGCAAAAGGUACGCGACUUAUGCACUAAGUAUAAUGUCUUAUGGAUUGCGGACGAGGUUCAGACCGGUUUAAGUCGUACUGGUCGCAUGCUAGCAGUGGAUCAUGAAAACGUUAAACCCGAUAUUUUAAUAUUGGGAAAGGCUUUAUCGGGUGGCAUGUAUCCCGUAUCGGCGGCACUCUGCAAUGACGAUAUUAUGCUUUGCAUAAAGCCCGGCGAACACGGCUCCACCUAUGGCGGUAAUCCGUUGGGUUCGAAAGUGGCCAUAGCCGCCUUAGAAGUCCUGCAAGAAGAAAAGCUGUCGGAAAAUGCCGAGAAAAUGGGAAAUCUAUUACGCGCAGAAUUAUCGAAAUUGCCCAAAGACGUGAUAACCGCAGUAAGAGGGAAGGGCUUGUUAAACGCUAUCGUUAUAAACUCUAAAUACGACGCGUGGGAAGUGUGUUUGAGACUUAAAGAAAAUGGUUUAUUGGCCAAACCCACCCAUGGUGAUAUUAUACGUCUUGCUCCACCUUUGGUUAUAAAUGAAACGCAAAUAUUGGAGAGCGUUGACAUCAUUAAAAAGUCCGUAAUGUCGAUGUAAAAAAAAAAAUAAAUAAAUUAUUACAACAACAA